AACCUCCUCAGAUAACCUCCUGUUUGUUUGCAGUAUGAUUUUGUUUGAUAUGUUGUUUGGUUAAUAACAUUUGCAUUUCUAUAAGUGUGGAAUAUUCGACAUGACGAGAAAUAUAAUGAAUUAUAAGUUCCGUUAUUAAAACGUAAGGAAUGAUUUGUUCCUGACAAUGUAUUGUAAUUGUUAAUCAUUUGUCAAAGAGAGUCGCAAUGGCACCACUAACAGAUUUACUUUCUUGUGGUAUAAUAGAGAAAGACUGCAAUGGAGAUGUCUUAUGGACAUGGUCAUAUCCAGCUGUGACGGAACCUCAGAAGACAGUAGUUAUGAGGAAAUGUAAUUUGAAAUUAGAGCACAACUCUCCCCAUGUAUUUGUAUGCGCCAGGCAUGGUCAUGAUUGGUUUUAUAUACAUUGCAGUGAAGUAUUUGAUUCCGAUAAGUUGCCAAAAGUAAAACAAUUUGCAUUGGUACUGUUUGCAAAGGAUUUUAGCCCACAAAAGUAUGAAGUACUUUCAAGAGUUCUCAGCAAAAUGUAUUGCAAGACUGGAAAGCCGACAGAAAUCUUGCAACUUUAUCUUUCUGUAUUUACCAAAGGAUCAUGCUCAACACAGGAGAAUGGGACUUUUGUCUCUGAUGACUUUAACACUCAUCGUUUUGCUGCUAAUACCAAUGUCAGAGAACUAAUCAAGACAUUUGAAUUAGAGACUAUUUUGAUAUACACUGCCCUCCUAUUGAAGAAGAGAAUUGUUGUGUAUCAUCAUAGCUUGGAGCAACUCCUCAAGUGGAUCAGAACAUUUCCCGCAUUAAUGAGGCAUAGAAAGGUUACUGAUAAUCUUUUUCCUUGGAUUGAUUUGGUAAACGAUGAGUUAACUGAAUUAAAGAGACAUCCAUACUACGUCGCAGGCUGUAAUAAUAGCUUGAUAUCCUCAAGAACAGAUUUGUAUGAUUUACUUGUAAAUAUUCCCGCCAGAGAAAUCACUGUGACUUCACAUGCAAAAGAAAGCCUUACAAUGACGAAAACUCACAAGGAGAUAGCCUUGUUUAUGGUCCAGUUGUGUGAAAAUCAAAAUUAUACAGAGGCGCAAAUUAUAUCCGAGAUAAGCGACAAGACGCAGGAUCUCCUGAAUCAGCUGACAUCACUGGCAACAGUGCAAGCUCCAGAUGGCAGGAAGAUGAUAUCCGUGGAGAUAUUUAGGGAAAAGAACUUGGCACCGGCCGUAGAAAAUUUCCUUAUUAACUUGGCCAUUGCGGAGAACCUAUUUAUGUUAUAAUAUGUAAAGUGUCUAUAUUUUGUACACUCGCGGACAUAAUAGUAAGUGCCCAUUUUUUGCAAUUUUCGGAACGCAUCCCGACUCGAGAAGAAUGAGAGUCACUGCGGAGCACGCCUGCGCAGUGACUCACAACGAAUGGCGAGAAAUUAAAUAUACGUGGUGGGACAUAUUGACUUGUGCAUUCGUUGCAGCUGGUGAUUCAUCUCGUCCAUCUUUUUCAGAAGACUUUAAAGUGGAAGUCAUAUCUUAAAACGAUAUCUCACGUAUCAUUUCCAUGCUUGGGUGGAAAGGUAAAUAUCUAUAAUUAUGUUUUAUAUUGUAGAUACUGUGUGGAAGAUAUGAAAACAAGAACAGAAACGAAGAGAAAAAAUAAAAAGAAGAGAAAAAACGUGAGGAGGAGACAGAAGAAUAUUUAGCCAGUCUAUGUAUUUGGUUUGGUAUCCAUAUUUGCAUCAUAAAUUUCAUCCUCUCCAUCUCCUUCCUCUUCCAUGUCCAUGUCUGUAUGUCCCAAAAAUUCAAAAUUCGCUAUAACAGCUGCUUCUGUACCUAAUAUCAUUGCUUCUGUUAUAGAAGCUAUGGCUGUUGCUGAAACAAUAAAUCACAUAUAAAUGUAUAACAGAAUCGUAACUAUCGUAAUGCAGCUUAUUUCUCUUAAUUAAAUUCGUAUUAUUUUAAAAACAUAAACAUGUUUAUUUAUCUCUACCUUUCUCGGAUAUUUUCUCCGGAGUAUAACACUUAUAUCGGAUGAUUUUUGUCUGUUCUGUGUUCCCUCAUUUCCAUUUAAUGCUGGAGUAUUCAUUUCAUCUGAGUCUGUAUUAUUCAAACCAAGCAGUGAUCGCACUCUGAUCAUACAUCUAUAAUUGUGUCAGUAUACCCAAUUUCUUGUAAAUAUCUGCAAUAAAACAGUUUCUUUUA